UGCGCGAUGUGAUUUGUGAAAACGCAUCGAUGCGUUAUAAACAUAGAAAAAUGGUGUAAACAAGUAUCUGAUCUGCUAAUAACACCGCCAAAACUUAUAGAUUUAAAUUCAGUAAUAACUAAUAAUUUGUUACGGUUUUUUAGUAAAUAUGGAUAAUAUAGAUCCUAUUGUUAUGAAGUCAGAAAUACAACCUAAUGGUGAUAUUCUUCUAUUUUACGUGGAAGAUAAUCAAGAUGACACAGGAAUUAGUGUGCUGGAUGAGAACCAACAAGAGGAUAUACAAAUGCUAUCGGAGGCUAAGUAUGUCAUUGAAGAUAGUGGAGAAAGUGAAUCUGCUGAUGAACUUGACUUAGCUCAAGCCAGUGACCAGUAUGCUGCCGAACAAUGGCUUGACGAAGAAAUCAGACGACUUAUUGUAUUCUAUCUUGACAAUAAGGAAACAUUUCAGAGCGGUACCACUAAAAAGAAACAUUUAUGGGCAGUUGCAUGUAAGACAAUGCUUUUAGGUAGACAACCUCUAUCUUGUGAAUAUAAACUCAGGAAAUUGAGGGAACAGUACUUUGAAUCAUGUGGAGAAAGGCAGAAAGGAAAUAUUUUACAAUGGCCAUUCUACAAUUUGUGUCAUCAAGCAUUUAAUAAUGAAAAUCAAGUAGACAUAUACUUUAAUGAUACCUCUGCUCAAAGGGCCACAAAUAAUAUAGCUAAUGAAAUUGGGGAAAUUCAAAGCUUCAAAAUUGAAGAAACACAUACAAUAAAUGCAGGUCCAUUGCAGAGCUCAGAUAAUGCUAAUGUAGAAAAAAUGUUACAGACUUACAUACAGUGGAGGAAUGUUUAUAAAAAUAAUAAAGGUAUUUGGGAGAAAAUUGCAAUGGAAAUGGGAGCAAAGGAUGUGGAGUAUUGGCAAAAACGGUUCUUAAAUUAUAAACAAUAUUAUGCAUGCAUGCUUUUGAAGCGUGAUCAAAAAGGUCCAGAUAGCAUUACUUGGCCAUAUAUGAAGUAUUUUGAUGAAAUAUUUGCAAAUGAUGUUGAGUUUGAAAAUAAAUAUACACUCAAAGAUACUCAAGUUAUUGAAAAUGAGCAAUGGCAUGAUACAGAAAAAACAUUCUUAAUAAAAUAUUUCUUUGAUUGUUUUCAUGAAUUCCAAGACCCAACUAUACCAGACGAUUUUUUAUGGCACGAAGUAGGACGUUUGUUAAAUAAAGAACCAAAUGUUUGUAAAGAUACUUUUGAGGAUUUGAAAAAGGAUCAUUACCGGAAGUUACUCCAAGAUACAUAUGUUUUGGGUAAUAGGGUGCCAAUAGAGAUUAUUUUUGAUUGUAUAAUAUCUAAAGAGACUGAAAUAGAACUGGAAAAACCAUGGCAAGAAUUAAACGAUGAACUUCAUAUUGAUAAACUUGAUGUGCUAGUACAAUUUAUAUCUGAACACCUAAUUAUGUUUAAAGAUUCUGUCGGUUAUUAUGUGUGUUGGGCAUUAGCUGCAAAAAAAAUCAAUUGUGGCAUUCCAGUUUGUAGAAAGCAAUGGCAAAAUUUAACUGCAUUAUAUAAAAAUAUAUUAAUUGAUAAAAAAGAAAAUCCAGACUUGGAUAUUGACUGGCGAUAUAUUGAUGCUUUUGAAAAAAUAUUUGAUCAUGGCAAUGAUGUUAAUCUACUGAAUGGAUAUGACAGAUUGAAAAAGAAAAAAGAUGAGUUUUCCGGUAAAGUUGGAGUGAAGAAAAUUACAAUGAAGGAUGAGAGUGAUGCAAAAACAGAUGGUACUGAUGAUGAGGUAUCAUUUGAUGAAGGAGGUUUCACUUUGCGCACGAAACGACGCCACGGUGAAGAGAAAGCUACAAAAAUACUAGACUAUUAUUUAAAAAACAAAGAUAAGUUUAACUCUCCGCUUUACAAAAAACUUAAUCUUUGGGAAGGUUUGGCGAAUAAAAUUGGUGUCACCCCUACUGAAUGUGCUCACAGAUUCCGGAACCUCAAACAAGUAUAUAUAGCAUAUGUUCAGCGAGAAAUGAGUAAACCAGAAAUGCCAAUUACAUGGCCCUACUAUGCACAAUGCAAGAAAGUCUUCGGAUACAGAGUGAUAAAGGCCAAAUAUAAAAACAAGGACCUGUCUUACUGUCAGGAUUGGACUGCCAGAGAAAUAAAAAAGCUAUUGAUUUUUUAUGGUGAAAACUGUGAUAGUAUUGAUAAUAAUAUAGAUGAAAUUAGUUUAUGGGAUAGUAUUGCUGAAGAACUUGGCCAAACACCAUCAAGUUGUAGUCGGAAGUUUUUCGAACUUAGAAAGUCAUAUAAGAAGUUGAAAACUAUGAAAGCUAAUAAUCCUGAAACAAAGAUUUCUUGGAAGUACUUUAGUAUGAUGGAUGAGAUUUAUUUAAAAAAGGAAAAUCGGGCUAAUAUGAUGAUAGAUGGUGAUUUAGAGUGUAACUCUCUUGAUAUAAUGGAUGAUGAUGAGUACCAAUGUAUAAUUGUGAUCCCAGAAGGGGAAGAUAUAAGUAAAGCGCGUGAGAUCGGAAUUGCCAGUGCUCAAGGCUUUUGA